UACAAAUUUAAUCAUGUCUAAUGUCAAUUACUUUACUUUGUCAUUCUUAUUCAUUCAGUGAUAAAUUAAAGUAUAUAAUAUAAGUUACUUAAUAGUAACAUUGGAAUAUAUUUUAGAAAGAAAUAAUAACUUAUAUCGAAAAAAUGCAGUGAUACUCGAUAUUCAAUACAAAUAAGAUAAGUCCUCAUAUACAUACAUCAUAUCAGAAUUAUAUUAAAAAUUUUGGAAAAUAACAUUUUAUUGAUAAGCAUGUCAUCAUCAGAACAAUCAAUGAUUGUACAAUCAAAAUUUGUCUCAGGAGAGACUGUAAUAAUUAAGGCAAUGGAAGCAUCAUUGAUACAAGGUUGGGUUAAAGCUGCACGGAUUAUAGCACUUCUUAACAAAGGAACUACUCAUGCAUUAGUUAUUUUAAUUACUUCAAGAACACCCCCUCAAGUUUAUAGUGAUCUUACCAUAGAAAGAGUAUUGCCUAUUGAUCAAGAUUUUAAAUGUAAUAUAAAUACUGAUGACAAACAACAAGAUAGUUUAGAUGUUUAUCUUAAUGUAACAUCAAGAAAAUUACAAUUAAUAUUUGAGAUGAGACCUGGAGUAGUAACUAGCUCCUUAGUAUCUGAGAUAUUUAGAGCUAUAGAAGUAUAUCAAAAAACUAAGAAUUCAGCAUCAGAAUUUUUAUGGGUUCAAAAAUUAACAGGAAAUACACGUAACUUAAAUUCCAAUACCAAUGAAGAAGUACAAGAUAAUACUGAUCCUUUGGUAGAUCUAGAAAGUCCAGUUCUAGUUGUAACAAGACGUAGUAUUGCUUCUGGCAAAUCACCAGUAGCUGCUAGGGAGUCAGCAGUACGAUAUCAAAUGGCAUGCAAAGAGGAUGAUUAUACAUACAGUAAAACAUUUCGUAUAUUUAUUGGUACAUGGAAUGUAAAUGGCCAACCACCAAAUGGUAUUAAAUUGCAUAGAUGGUUAAGUUAUGAUAAAACACCUCCUGAUGUAUAUGCAAUUGGAUUUCAAGAACUAGAUUUAACUAAAGAAGCAUUUCUUUUUAAUGAUACUCCAAGAGAAGAAGAAUGGAGACAAGUUGUAGCAAAAUCUCUUCAUCCAAAUGGUGUUUAUGAGCAAGUAGCUAUUGUAAGAUUAGUGGGUAUGAUGUUGCUUAUAUAUGCUUUGCAUAAUCAUGUACCAUACAUAAAAGAUGUAUCAGUUGAUACAGUAGGUACUGGCAUCAUGGGUAAAAUGGGUAAUAAAGGAGGUGUAGCAGUAAGUUGUUCUAUUCAUAAUACAUCUAUUUGUUUUGUUAAUGCUCAUUUAGCAGCACAUUGUGAAGAAUACGAAAGACGAAAUCAAGAUUAUGCAGAUAUAUGUGCGCGAUUAUCUUUUACAAAAUAUGUUCCGCCUAAAAAUUUUAAAGAUCAUGACCAGAUCUAUUGGUUAGGAGAUCUGAACUAUCGAAUAACUGAAAUGGAUGUCAUGGUCGCUAAACAACAUAUAGAUGAAGAAAACUAUUCUGCUGUCUUAGCUUUAGAUCAAUUAGGUCAACAACGACGAUUAGGUCGUGUUUUACAAGGAUUUCAAGAAGCAGAAAUUACAUUUAAACCAACAUAUAAAUAUGAUCCAGGCACUGAUAAUUGGGAUUCAAGUGAAAAAGGUAGAGCACCAGCAUGGUGUGAUCGUAUAUUAUGGAAAGGCGAAGCAAUUACAUCAAUAGAUUAUAGAAGUCAUUCUGAAUUAAAAAUUUCAGAUCAUAAACCAGUUAGUGCAAUUUUUGAUUCUCAGAUUAGAAUCAUAGAUAUGGCAAAAUAUCGUAAAAUCCACGAAGAAGUUAUGAAAAAACUUGAUAAAUUAGAAAACGAAUUUUUACCACAAGUGAUGGUUGAUACAACAGAAAUUAUAUUUGAUACAUUAAAAUUUCUUGAACCUAGUAGCAAAGAACUUAUUAUUGCUAAUACUGGCCAGGUACCAGUUCAAUUUGAAUUUAUAAAAAAAUUAGGUGACACUAGUUAUUGUAAAGAAUGGUUGGAUAUAGAACCAUUUAAAGGUUUCAUAAAACCAGGAGAAAAAUGUGAUACUAGAUUUGAAAUAUAUGUUGAUAAAAGAUCAGCAUGUAAAUUAAAUUCAGGAGAAGAUAAAUUAUAUGAUAUUUUAAUUUUACAUUUGGAAGGAGGAAAAGAUAUAUUUAUAACAGUUACAGGUACCUAUGAAAGAAGCUGUUUCGGAUCUUCAAUGGAAGCUUUAGUUCAUAUUCCAGUACCAAUUAGAGAAAUUCCUAUUGGUAGAUUAAUGGAACUUGAAAAUAAUAAAAAUCUUUCUCAAGAACCAUAUGCUAUACCUAAAGAAAUAUGGCUCUUAGUUGAUAGGUUGUAUCGACAUGGUAUAAAAACGACGGGACUUUUUGAAACACCGGGCCUUCCCAGUGAAAUUAUAGCUAUAAGAGAUUGGUUAGACAAUUGGAGUCAAGAUCCAAUGCCUGGUAGUGUUCACUCUGUUGCAGAAGCAUUACUUUUACUUCUAGAGUCUACAGCUGAACCUUUAAUUCCAUACAACCUCCAUAGUGUAUGCUUAUCUGCUGCAACAAAUUAUUUACAAUGCAAACAAAUUGUAAUGCAACUUCCAGAAAUAAGGAGAACAGUUUUUGUUUAUAUUUGUUAUUUUUUACAAGAAUUAUUAAAUCAUACUCAAGAUAAUGAACUAGAUGCUAAAACUCUUGCAACAAUAUUUGGAUCAAUUUUUUUAAGAGAUCCACCAAGAAGUAGAGGUGAUAAAAAUCAGAGAAGUCGUACUCAAGUUGUUCAAGCAACAAUUGAUCGGAAAAAAGCUGCAUUUGUUUAUCAUUUUUUAAUAAAUGAUCAAAGCGAUUUUAUUCUUGGUCGAUAAUAGUAUUUUUAAAAUUAAAAACAAGUAUUUAUUAAAUGCAAAUUCAGCUAAUGAAAGCUUCAAAAGAAAUAAAACAUUUCAAGUGUUCUGUUUAGGUGAAAAUAAUCAUAUAAGUACUAACA